CUCGCCCCGGCGGCCGUCCAGCGGGAGGCGGAGCGAGUCCAAAAUGGCGGCUCUCAGGCAGGCGCGCUCCUUGCUGCUGGGGCUUUGAGGUGGUCGCCCGGGGUCCAGGGGACGAUUUCCCCGCCGCGGGGGCCCCUGAGGAUGAAUCGGGGGCUCUGCUAAGGUCAGGCGGCGGGGCCGGAGAGAGGUGGCAGCAAGGGCUGCGGUGGCGUCCACGCAGCGGGAUGUGCGAGAGUUACUCCAGGUCGUUGUUGAGGGUCUCGGUGGCGCAGAUCUGCCAGGCGCUGGGCUGGGACUCGGUGCAGCUCAGCGCCUGCCACCUCCUCACCGACGUGCUGCAGCGCUAUCUGCAGCAGCUGGGCCGGGGCUGCCAUCGGUACUCUGAGCUCUAUGGCCGAACAGACCCAAUUUUGGAUGAUGUUGGCGAAGCUUUCCAGCUUAUGGGGGUUAGUCUGCAUGAACUAGAAGACUAUAUUCACAAUAUUGAACCUGUUACUUUCCCACAUCAAAUCCCUUCAUUUCCUGUUAGCAAGAACAACGUACUUCAGUUUCCUCAACCUGGAAGUAAAGAUGCCGAGGAAAGAAAAGAAUACAUCCCUGAUUACAUGCCACCCAUUGUGUCUUCUCAAGAAGAGGAAGAAGAGGAGCAGGUGCCCACCGACGGGGGCACCUCAGCAGAAGCCAUGCAGGUGCCCCUGGAAGAAGACGACGAACUGGAGGAGGAGGAAAUUAUUAACGAUGAGAAUUUCCUGGGUAAGAGACCGCUGGACAGUCCCGAAGCUGAAGAAAUGCCCGUCAUGAAGCGGCCGCGGCUGAUGAGCGCGAAAGGGGACAGCGCAGACGUGGUGCUGCUGGAGGCCCGGGAGCCCCUCAGCUCCAUAAACACGCAGAAGGUUCCGCCCAUGCUGUCGCCCGUGCACGUGCAGGACGGCGCGGAGCUCGCCCCCGCCUCCCCGGAGCCGCCCACGUUGGCUCCCGUGGCGAAGGCGCAGAUGCCCGGCGCAAAGCCCUUAGAAGCCAAGGCGUUCGCGCCGAAGACAAAGACGAAAGCCGGUUCUCCAGGACAGAAGACGAAGUCGCCUAAAACCACCCAGCCACCAGCAAUGGUCGGAAGUCCUAUCCGGUCACCAAAAACUGCAUCCAAGGAGAAGAAGUCGCCAGGGCGUUCCAAGAGCCCCAAGAGCCCCAAGAGCCCCAAGGCUAUGACUCCGGUGCCCCCCGUCCCCGCCAGACCGGAAACGCCAAACAGGACUCCUUCCGCCGCGGGCAGCGAGAAGGGCGGUAGAGAGCCGGUCCCCGCGAAAGCCGCGCCGCCGCCCGCGGACGCCGCGAAGCCGAGCGGCGAGAGCCAGCCGAAAAGGGCUGCGGUGGCGGACAAGACCAUCGACGACUCCAUCGACGCCGUGAUCGCCCGAGCCUGCGCCGAGCGAGAGCCCGACCCCUUCGAGUUCUCUUCCGGGUCGGAAUCCGAAGGGGACAUGUUCACCAGCCCCAAGCGGAUUUCAGGGUCGGAGUGCGCCCCUCCGAAGGCGCCCGCCUCCGCCAACAGCGUCGCCAAGUCGGGCCCCGCGCCCCUGCCCCCGCCGGGCGGCGCCUCCGGCUCCGACCACUCGUGGACCAUGGACGCCUCCAUCGACGAGGUCGUCCGCAAGGCGAAGCUGGGCGCGCCGCCCCACCUCGCCUACGGCUCCUCGCCCUCCGCGUCCCCUCCCACCCCCGAGCCUCCGCCCAGGGCGCACGAGGAGAAGAGCAAGCCGCCCUCCUCCGGGGAGGUGAAGAGGAAGUUGAAGAAGGAGCUGAAGACGAAGAUGAGAAAGAAGGAAAAGCAGAGAGACAGGGAGCGGGACAAGGACAGAAACAAGGAGAAAAGCAGAGAGAAGGACAAAGCGAAAGAGAAGGAAAAGGAAGCGGGCAAGGAAGCAAAGUACCCCUGGAAGGAGUUCCUUAAAGAUGAGGAUUCCGAUCCCUACAAGUUUAAAAUAAAAGAAUUUGAAGAUGUGGACCCAAAAGUGAGAUUGAAAGACGGAAUUGUGAGGAAGGAGAAGGAGAAGCAUAAAGAUAAGAAAAGAGACAGGGAACGGGGCAAGAAAGAUAAAGAGAAAAGAGAAAAAGAAAAAGUUAAAGAGAAAGGGAGAGAGGAGAAGAUGAAAGCGCCGCCAGCCCCCCUGGUGUUGCCCCCGAAAGAAAUGGCCCUGCCCCUGUUCAGCCCGGCCGCCGCCGCCAGGGUCCCCGCCAUGCUGCCCUCUUUGGCGCCCAUGCUUCCAGAAAAACUGUUUGAGGAGAAAGAGAAACCCAAGGAGAAGGAAAGGAAGAAAGACAAAAAGGAGAAGAAGAAAAAGAAAGAAAAGGAGAAGGAAAAGGAAAAGAAAGAGAAGGAGCGGGAGAAAGAGAAAAGAGAAAGAGAGAAGAGAGAAAAAGAAAAGGAGAAACACAAGCAUGAAAAAAUAAAAGUGGAACCAGUCAUCCCAGCCCCGAGUCCAGUUAUCCCCAGACUAACCCUCCGAGUCGGUGCUGGCCAAGACAAGAUUGUCAUCAGCAAAGUGGUCCCCGCCCCCGAGGCUAAGCCGGCGCCCUCCCUGAACCGGCCCAAGACGCCGCCCCCGGCCGCUGCGCCCCCGGCCCCCGGCCCCGCGCACCCCGCGCCGCCGCCAGCGCCCCUCGCGGCAGCCUGCCCCGCGCUGCUGUCCCUGCCGGGCCCCGCCGCGGCCGGCAGCGCCAAGGCCCCGGUGCGGAGCGUGGUGACCGAGACGGUCAGCACUUACGUGAUCCGGGACGAGUGGGGCAAUCAGAUCUGGAUCUGCCCCGGGUGUAACAAGCCAGACGACGGGAGUCCGAUGAUCGGCUGUGACGACUGCGAUGACUGGUACCACUGGCCCUGUGUCGGAAUCAUGGCCGCACCCCCCGAGGAAAUGCAGUGGUUCUGCCCCAAAUGUGCCAACAAGAAGAAAGAUAAAAAGCACAAGAAGAGGAAGCAUCGAGCACACUGACGUCGGCACGCGGUCUGCACCGCA